AUGUUUGAACCCCAACUUGGCAAGAACAUUGAAGUCUACAUUGAUGACAUGGUAGUGAAAAGCAAGGCAGAGGUCGAGCAUGUGAAUGACCUUGAAAGUAUUUUUGAGGUGUUGAGAAAGCAUAAAUUGCGCCUUAAUGCUUCUAAAUGUUCCUUUGGUGUUAGUUCAGGCAAGUUUUUGGGUUACAUGGUCACCCACCAUGGGAUUGAAGUUAACCAUGGUCAGAUUAAAGUUAUCAAUGGUUUACAACCUCCUCGAAAUCCCAAAGAAGUCGAAAAGAUGAUAGGAAUGACUGCAACCUUGAAUAGAUUUAUCUCUCGAUCUGCAGAUAGAUUAAGUUUGGUAUUGGUGAGGGUAGAGAAUGGAGUACAGCAGCCAGUCUAUUAUGGAUUUGGAGUGGGGCUGGUUAUAGUGUCCUCAAACAGGAUCACCAUUGAGAAAUCUUUAAGGUUAGGCUUCUUGGCCAGGAACAACAAAGCCGAGUAUGAGGCUUUACUUAUAGGGAUUGCUAUGGUUCAAAAUAUGGGAGGAAAGGUUAUUGAAGUGUUCUCGAACUCAAGGUUGAUUGUAGGACAAGUAAAGGGAGAGUUGGAAGGUAGAGAUUUAAGAAUGCAAGGGUAUUUGAAUCAAAGGGGAUUUGGAGUGGGGUUGGUUAUAGUGUCCCCAAACUAG